AUCAGAGUAAUAUCCCUCCAUCUUCACGAUCACGUUUAACUGCGUUUGACCACUUUCGGGAUAAAUAAACAGAGGAUUAAAUUUAUGUUAUUUAUGUUACAAAAAUGUCUCAGUGUAUUGUGAAAAACUGCAAAAGCGUAUUUUUUGAAAGGGGUAAUGACGAUAAAAAGAAUUCCAAAAAUGUCGCUUUCCAUUUUAUUCCAAAGGACCCAAUGAAAAGAAAGAAAUGGCUUGAAGCUUUAGGAUUGCAAAAUGUAGACAAAAAAGCGCGUAUUUGCUCAAACCAUUUCCCUGAAGAUGCUUUUGACAAAAGAGCGACAACCUGUAUCAAGCUGCGAGGGAAUGCUGUUCCGAAUUUUUGUGUGGACAAAAGCAAUAAAAAUAAAGCCAAAAAUAGUGGAACAGAAACAAAUACUUUGUCUCAGGAUGAUUCGCAGGAUUUAUCUGAGUCUAAAAGUGUAGAGGUAGAGGGUAUUACUAUUCAUACAAUUUCAGACGAUGAAAUGAGUUUAAGCGAGAAGGAGAAGGAUGAAUCUCCGGCGGAAAUAACACACGGAUUGAUUAACCCAGUCGCGGAUAUUUCAAAUAAAUGUAAAUCAAAUGUUUUCUUUUAUUUCGGUGACGGUGAUGUCCCAGGCUUCGCACCGUUACCGAAGGCUAAGCCCGAAAAAACCGCCAGUGCACAACCUUACCAAUACAGUUCUUUUAAGUCUCAAAGUAUUAAUUGUUCACCUCGAAGAAAGCCGAUUGAAAAUGAACCAGAAAUUCCGCCGUGCAUAACGUGUGGUAUGAAGAAAAAAAGGAGCUUGGAUCGAGCAACAUCUGUUUCGCCAGAAAGGAUACUCCAUUGUCCGAUUAAAAAACAAAUUCGAGAACAUUACGAGAAUGAAAUAAAAGUUUACAAGCAGCAAAUGAGAGGCUUGCAACAAAAAGUGCGCCGUUUAGAGGCAAGCAAGAAUAAAUUCAACUUCGAUAAUAGCAAAUAGAAUAGGAUUGUUUCCUGAUUUUAUAUAAAAUUAUAUAUAAAUGCUCAGUUCAAACUAAGUUUAGAUCGACGUUUAGUUUAAGAGGAAAAAACGAUUAAAAACUUAUUUUGUGACGUGGAAUGUGCCUCCCCACAACAAAUCUCAAGCUGUGUAACGCAAAGUUCGAGCAUGAUAAAAAUAAUUCCAUUUUUGUAAUUAUUUUUUUAUCUUUAAGAAGUAAUUUUGUAUUUCACAAGAUCUAAUAAUUGGAAAGAUUAAAGCUGACUUCGAAAAAAAUCCUGUUCACAACCGAACUUCUGAUUUGUCUAAAUCGAAUCGUGUCAUCUAAAAAAUCAAAAAAACCUUAGUUUUAAAUAUUAUUUAUUUAUGGUAGAUUUAUGAAGCUAUAUUAUGUAAAAUCUUGCUCAAGUCAGUUUUUGUACAGUAUGUGUACUAAUUUUUUUUUGUAUAAAAUAUACAAAUCAGCUUUUUUUCUUAUUUUUAAACCAAAGCAAAAGCUUGCUUUAGUUUUAUACGAAAGUCAGUUAAUAUAAACGAUGCUAAUUUUAGUUUGUUUUUGAACAAAUGAACGAUUGUAUAAUUUGAUCUUUCGCAUUUCUGAAUCACAUUGCUUUUGAAAAUUACAUUAUUAAUCAAAAUUAUGUCGAAAUACAAACAUAAAACACAUUCCCGUA